GGCACCACCACCAGGCACCAGGCACCAGGCACCAGCCGCACCAUCGCCUAUUCGCCUCCUCUCGGGCUCGCUCGCUCGCCCCCACUCUCGUGCUUCUGCUUCCCCACCCAGUCACCUCGACCUCAGCCCCUCUCGCCCUCCCUAAUCUCGACUCCGAUGCCGCCGCCGCUCCUCCAGGCGCGCGACUACAUGGGCGCCGGCGCCACCCCUCUGUCCUGCUCCUCCAGCGGCGAGGGCACGGGGCCGCACCUCGCGCUGCGGCUCGGGCUCCCAGGGUCCGACUCCCCCGGCCGCGACGCGGGGCCGGAGCCGGACCACGCCCACGUCGACGCCGCGCUCACCCUCGGCCCUGCCCCCGCCCCCGCCCCCGCGCCUCCCAGGGUCGGCGCAAAGCGCGGGUUCGCCGACUCCCGCGACCGGUGCGCGAAGCGGGACGCCACUGCUGCGGAUGACGCUGCUGGGGGAGUGACCGGGGAGGAGAAGCGGGUAGGUGCGGCCGCUGCCGGAGCUCCGCCGGCUGCCAAGGCGCAAGUUGUUGGAUGGCCGCCUGUUAGGAGCUACCGGAAGAACACACUAGCUAUGAGUGCCACAAAGACAAACGGGGAAGAUGAAGGUAGGAGUGAGGCGGGAUGCUGUUAUGUUAAGGUCAGCAUGGAUGGAGCCCCAUACCUAAGGAAGGUGGACCUCAAGACCUUUUCGAGCUAUGAGGACCUUUCGCUUGCUCUGGAGAAAAUGUUCACCUGCUUCAUCACUGGUCAAAGCGGUUCGUGCAAGACUUCAAGAAGGGAGAGGCUUACUGAUGGUUCUAGGGCUGAUGCCCUUCAGGACCAAGAAUAUGUCCUUACUUACGAAGAUAAAGAUGCUGACUGGAUGCUCGUUGGUGAUCUCCCCUGGGACUUGUUCACCACAAUUUGCGGGAAACUUAGAAUCAUGAGAGGCUCUGAUGCUGCUGGCAUGGUAUCCAAUCUUCCUGCAGCUCCAAGAUCACCGGAGCAGAUAGUUGGGACCAGAAUAAGGAACGUUGCCCGGCAUGCAGAGUCGUGAACUGAAAGGAAAGGACAGAGUUUACAUGGCGCUGAAGGGAGCGGUGUUUUUACGUGAAGUGCUCCGGUUAAGUCUCUCUCUCUCUCUUUUUUUUUGUAACCCCCACAUGUGCAAUGAGAUGUGUGUGGCCCUACUGUAAGACACCCCAUUUUGCCCACGAGGUUGUCACGUGUUAUUGUAGAUGGUCGCCUUUGUGUUAUGAACGAUCAAACUCGGCAGUAGCCUGCUUGCUGCUUCCUCUAUGAUACUUUCCUCCGUAUUUGGAAGCUCGUACUUCAUAUGGUAGAAGUAAGAAAAAAAAAGCCCAUGUUGCCCAUUAAGAUUUUUUGUUCUCCUGAUGUGUGUGCGAGUGAACUAAACUAUUCAGUGGAUCUAGAAAGAAUCUGAUCACUGAGUCUGUU